GAGCUUGGGCUUCAUUUCGGACCCUUUGGACUAAUAAUUCAGACACCUUUAAAAUAGAAAAGAAAAUAGAAAACACAAACCAUUCAAGAUUCUUCAGCUUAACCACCGGAGACGGGCUGAAGCACCGGAAGAGAUGGCGGUGAGGCAGAGAGCGGUGGCGCUACCCACACUAAUGCGGGCGCUUCGGAAAGAGGCGCCGCCGAGGCACCACACGGCGUUGCCGUCGCUUAGAAGAACCUUCUCUCUCUACGAUCAGAUCAAUCUUAUCACUGAAGUCCCUGAAGACCAGCUCCGUUUCCAAGAGUUUGACAACACAGGGUUCAAAGUAAAUGGAGUUAGGUAUGAAGGUAGCAUACUUUGCGUAGGAAAUUUAUUAAUGUCUUGGACACCCAAGAAGUUCUCGGAUAUCACUGCUGAAAGCUUGUCUAUUUUUAAGACUGUGCGGCCCAUACCGGAAAUCUUAGUUCUUGGCUGUGGGAGGUAUAUUCAACCAGUAAAUCCUGAACUUCGUAGCUUCAUUCGUUCGACUGGCAUGAAACUAGAAGUAGUUGACUCCAGAAAUGCAGCCUCUACUUACAAUAUAUUGAACGAAGAUAGCAGAAUAGUAGCUGCGGCGCUUAUCCCAUACGGCCAAGAAUGAUGAACCUGGCUGUAAUGAUUUCACUUUUGAAUGAGUGUUUGUAUUUAUAGCCGGCUAAGCUGCCUUCUCAAUACCAAUACUGGUUUUCUACUUUUGGCUGAAUCUUAGAUUUUAAAAUAAAUUGCGUAGACUAUAUUCCUCCUUAA